ACAUUAUUUCAUACUUGUCUUAUGAAUACACAAACAGAACUUGAUCAAUUUACUUUGGCGUUUCUUAGAAAUGUUACGAAAUGAAAGUGUGCCAAAACAAAACAAAUAGUGAAUUAUCCUAAAAGAGAGGGAAAACGGACAAUAUGGUCGGUGAUUUAAGGGCCGUGCCGUUGUCUGCGCUCUCAUGUGAAUCUCGAAACCUUUUAUCCUCUCGUUUAAAUGCCAAGAAGAUUGUGCCAGUCGUCGGACACGACCAAAUAUCGCGACACAGGGACUGGAGAGGUUUAGCGUCACUUAUCAAUAUAUCGAGCGAAGCCGCAGCUAGUAUAAGAUGUAACGAUCGCGAGGACAGGACGGACAAAGUUUUAAACAUAUGGAUAAGCAGGAACGAUGGCACCGCUACACUCGGUCGACUCAUGGACUUUCUCCAAAUACUUGACAGAUUUGAUGUUUCUGAUGAUAUAUUGGAAUUGGCCAGGGAUAAUAAACUUAUAGGCAAUCACAAUCAGAUAGCAUGUAAUCCUGCGAUAGUCCUGGAUGGAGCGGACGAUGACUUCAUCACGAAUGAUGACAGGUUGUAUGGCGUCCCGCAGCGGUAUCAUGCGUACGUGCUGUUUGCUAGGGAAGACAGAGACUUCGUUGAUGAACUACUCAGACGGAUGAGACAGGCCGGUUUCAAGCUGUGCACAGAAGACGACCUGAUAGCGGGUCACGCGACGCCGUUCGAGCCGGUCUCCCGCCUGAUAGCCGAGCGUUGUCGGAACAUCGUCCUGGUGUACUCCCCGGACUUCCUCCAGAGCCCCGCCAUCGCCUUCUACAUGAACCUGGCGCAGGCGGACGCUAUCAGCAAGAAGCAGCUGAAGAUAGUGCCCGUGAUGUACCGGGAGUGCAGCCUGCCGCGUCACCUCGCCUACUACACCAACCUGAGGUACGCGCCCCACUCGAGGGUCCCCUACGACUUCUGGGAGAGACUGUCCCAACGGCUCCGGAUCUUUGAUGGACCGAGGAUCACAAUGCCGAACUCCACCUCCAACACUGAUAUCAGAAUAACGGAAACCUCACACAGUCUCAGCAACGGGCACCAGGUGAACGGCGCCAUCAAGACAUUGGCUUUACCGGAACUUCCGAAGGAGACAUCCUCCUUGACCAACCUUCACCGUCUCUCAGACGAGACGCCCACAUCCUACGAGACGAAGUCACUCAACGGCUCGAGGGAUUCUGACGACGGCAAGAAAAAAUCUGGACCCUUCAGGAAGAUCAUGAACACGUUCAGAUUAAAGAAGCAAAAGAAGGCGAUCAGCGUCGAAAAUUAAAACCUUGCGAAACCUACGGAGGACCAAAAAGAAAUGUGAUGAAAAAAAAUUUAUUUACCAAAAAAAUUUUAUCACAAUAAAUCCCUCGGCUUUAGAAGCCUGGAAACCAAUAUUAUAUAAGUGGCUUUAAAACCUUUUCUAUGAACGUUGCACAUUGCGCACAAUUUGAUCAACUGACAAGAUUCUUGUAUUAAGAAUGUAGGUGCCGUGCAGUUGAUAAAUGUUCUUUAAAUUAAUUAUACAUUAAUGUUAAUUACACGAUAUUAUUAAGAGAUAUUAAAAAAAACAAUUUACUGUGUUACAUAAAUGAAGCAUUAUACAUUUUAAAAAAGAAGCAUGUUUCCGAACGAGUGUUAAUCAUUAAGAAUAUAUAUUUUCUUAUGGUAAUACUAAGGUUUAGGUUAAGUUCGGUAAGCAAAGAUUAAAAAAUAAUUACCGUUUAAACGUUACAGAUUAUAUAUUCUGUUUAUUUUUUUUUAAUGAGUUACCAUUCUGUUAUAACGACUGUAUAUCCAGGUGCUUCCAAAAUAUUGUUAUUGUAUCUGUGGACUGUCUCCGGGACAACGGACUGUUGACGAUUGUAUAGUUUAUUACAAAAAUGCAAAGCAA